AUGAUAGUCAACAACCUUUCCAACAACUUUCCUUACCCAAAGCCCCUUCAUACUCCAACAUCCGAGUCAGGUACCCCUGUUGUCGUGCUGGUCUCGUCUCGAGCUGUCAUCUUCGAUGAGGACGGCAACUUAAUUGUUUCACCGGCAACCCUCACGCUAUCUCCGCAAACUGGAAAGAUCAUAUCCAUUGUCCCUUCAAUAGUACCACCGACAAGCUUUCCCCAAUAUACUACAUAUAUAGACCAUACGCCAAAUUUGCUUUUACCUGGCCUGGUCGACGCUCACGUGCACUUGAACGAACCUGGACGGACAGAAUGGGAAGGCUUCUAUACUGGAACCCGCGCUGCGGCUUCAGGCGGUGUAACAACCGUUAUUGAUAUGCCAUUAAAUGCUAUUCCACCCACCACAACCGUGAAUGGUCUGAAGGAGAAGAUCAAAGCAGCUGAAGGGCAAUGCUGGGUGGACACUGGCUUUUACGGUGGCAUAGUUCCGGGAAAUGCUGCCGAAUUGCUACCGCUAGUCGAGGCAGGUGUACGCGGAUUCAAGGGUUUCUUGAUAGAGAGCGGCGUUGACGAGUUCCCUGCCGUAUCUUCAUCUGAUGUAGCACUCGCGAUGAAGGCUCUGGCAUCGACAAGAACAACAUUAAUGUUCCAUGCAGAGAUGAUUCCUCCGAUAGCGGCGUCCGUUGGGGACGAUGUUCAGAUAUCCCUCCCACCAGUCACGCCGGCCGGCGCCCUCACAUCAUAUGACACAUUCCUCCUGUCACGCCCACCUGCCUUCGAAACUUAUGCGAUCGAGCAGAUUCUAUCCCUAGCACACCUCGCGCCUGAACUCCAAUUACAUGUCGUUCACUUAUCAGCUAUUGAGGCGAUUCCUCUACUACGACAGGCACGUGACCGGGGUGUUAAAAUCACAGCAGAAACAUGCUUCCACUACCUGGCACUCGCAUCCGAGGAAGUAGCCGACGGUGACACGAGGCACAAAUGUUGCCCUCCGAUCCGGAACUCGGUCAACCGCGAUGGCCUCUGGUCUGAGAUCUCAUCUCCAAAUUCAGUCAUCCAAACAGUGGUCUCGGACCAUAGCCCAUGUACACCUGAACUCAAACUGCUCCCUGAGAGCUUAAGCCAUGGAUGCGGCUCCUCCGGCCCUCACGGAUCUGUAAAGGGUGUGAACGGCGAGGUGAUGACAAAGGAAGAAUCCGAAGAAAAGGAACGAGGCGAUUUCUUCGCAUCCUGGGGUGGUAUAUCAUCCGUGGGCUUGGGGCUUCCAAUCCUAUGGACUGAAGCCAAGUCGCGCUCCUCUCAGCUCAGCAUCCUCGACGUGGUACGUCUGUGCGCUAUUAACACCGCCUCGCAAGUAGGAUUGAGCCAUAAGAAGGGUGCCUUGAGACCUGGUAUGGAUGCAGACGUCUGCGUGUUUGAUGAUGAGGGCGAAUUUGUGGUGGGGAGGGAACAAAUGCUAUUUAGGAAUAAAGUUAGCCCCUACCAAGGGAGGAAGAUGACGGGCGUGGUGAAGGAGACGUGGGUGAGAGGCCUGAAGGUCUUUGAGAGGAAUGGUGUGAACGGGGGUUUCGUUGGGAAGGAAGGCAAGCCCAUAGGUGAGCUAGUGUUAGAGAAAAGAUCUUGA